UUCUUCCUGCCAUGUGAAGAUACAAGAAGACGUGGGCAUCUGCAGCCUAAAAGAGAGCUCUCAUCAAUCUGACCACACUGGCACCCUUAUCUUGGACUUGCCGCCUUCUAAACCGAGACUCAGCCUAUUUUGGGAUCCUGCCUUUCCAGCCUUCUCUAUAACCUUCCUGUGGCCCCAAAUGAGUUUUGGACAGAAGUGGCAUGCAGUUGAUCCUUCACGUUUCUUGAAAACAAUCUGUAUGCUUAACUGUUCUGAAGAGCCUUGCAUAUAUGAACCCAUGUAACCCUCACACUACACUGCAAGAUACUGUUAUUGCUCCUGCUUUAUAAAUAAAGAAUCGGAGGCACUGAGCAGCAAGACGGGACGAUACCUGUAGGUGUCUGUGCCUAAUGACACUCCAUUCCCUCACCCAUGGAGAACUCCUUUAUUCCUUUGCACGGUCACAGAGGUAAAUGGCCAACAGCCAGGCUGCAAUGAAAUAGAAUGGAUGUUCUUCUCCACAGACUUCUUGCCGUGAUAUACUGCUUUGUACAAGCCCAAAACAACCAGAUCGACCUACCAUGGACUGAAACCUUAAAAACCAGAGCCAGCUGCUCCCUGGGAACAACUUCACCAACGAGUGCAACAUUCCAGGCAACUUCAUGUGUAGCAACGGGCGCUGCAUCCCGGGCUCCUGGCAGUGCGACGGGCUGCCUGACUGCUUCGACAAGAGCGACGAGAAGGAGUGCCCCAAAGCUAAAUCGAAGUGCGGCCCGACGUUCUUCCCCUGUGCCAGCGGCAUUCAUUGCAUCAUUGGCCGCUUCCGGUGUAAUGGGUUUGAGGACUGUCCCGAUGGCAGCGACGAGGAGAACUGCACAGGAAACCCCCUGCUCUGCUCCACCGCCCGCUACCACUGCAGGAAUGGCCUCUGCAUCGAUAAGAGCUUCCUCUGCGACGGGCAGAAUAACUGCCAGGACAACAGCGAUGAGGAGGGCUGCGAAAGUUCUCAAGAACCAGGCAGCGGGCAGGUGUUUGUGACCUCGGACAACCAGCUCGUGUACUACCCCAGCAUCACCUACGCCAUCAUCGGCAGCUCGGUCAUCUUCGUGCUGGUGGUGGCCCUGCUGGCGCUGGUCCUGCAUCAUCAGCGGAAGCGGAACAACCUCAUGACACUGCCUGUGCACCGGCUGCAGCACCCUGUGCUGCUGUCCCGCCUGGUGGUCCUGGACCACCCCCACCACUGCAGUGUCACCUACAACGUCAACAGCGGCAUCCAGUAUGUGGCCAGCCAGGCCGAGCAGAAUGCCUCGGAAGUAGGCUCCCCACCUUCCUACUCGGAGGCCCUGCUGGACCAGAGACCCGCGUGGUACGACCUUCCCCCACCACCCUACACUUCAGACACCGAGUCUCUGAACCAAGCCGACCUGCCCCCUUAUCGCUCUCGGUCAGGGAGUGUGGACAGCGCCAGCUCAAGGGCAGCCAGCAGCCUCCUGAGUAUGGAAGACCCCAGCCACAGCUCAGGACAGCCUGGCCCGCUGGAAGGCACUGCUCCUCCCAGGGACUCUGCACCCAGUCCGGGCACUGAAGAAGUAUAGAAUCCAGCUAUCCCAAAGUCCAGAUGGUUCGUCUGCUCCGACUUGUUAUUCUAACAACUGAUGCCCAUGGGAUGCACUUCUAAGUUCCUGUAAGGGGGUCUCAGGUUGAGGUUAGGGUAUCAGCUGCCUCUCUGUUCCCCUGCUCCCUGAGAUGGUCUUUGGGGGGUGACCUAGCAUUUUUCUGGCUUCUUGGUUGACAUGAUGCGUUGUCAUCUUUCUGUGAAGUCACUUUUCCUUGGGGGCCCAGGAUCACAACCUCAUGUUUCCCUUCAUUCUGUUACUGUUGGAAUCCCCCUAAUAGGCAUCGUACAUUUGCAGGCAGCAAGAUGAAACAGUAUUUAAGUAGUCCUCGAGAAAGCAGCGCUUCUGUUCCAUGCUGCACAUCCAGAAGGGCAGAAGACACUGGGCCAGAUCCUCUUGGAAGCUACCACCUUAUUGCUCCACUUGGGGACAAGGGUUGGGUGGUCUACCAGAAGACCAUCAAUGGAUGGCCACCCUGCAGAACACCCAGGUGCACCUCAAAACCAUCCUGUGUUACCCUACACAUUGCUCUCACUUUAGCAAAGAAAGUGGCCAAAGGAAACUUUUGCCGUGAGCGACACCCUUCAGCAUCACCAGUGUCAUUUUGGUUUGUGAAGGACUCAGAAGCUGUCUACCCUGGAUAGAUACUAGCUUUUGAAAUUUUCCCAAGAAUUCUCAUUUGAGAGGAUUUUCUGGCAGUGUGGACCAUCAGUCUCAUCUCAGAAUAGGCAGGGAGUCCUUACCGUGAGUUUAAUCUGAGUUCUUGGCUCCUAACAUGCAGACUGCCAGAGCCAGGGCCCGAUUUCCCCACUGUCCCUUCCCUAGCCUCUGGAUUGUCACCUCCCAGCAGACCUGCCACAGCCAAGGGAUGAAGACCCAACUUGAGUUGGCCAAAAAGCUGAUCUGGCCUUCUGUCCCAGUGAGUCACGCCCAACAUGUCUCGCUUAUGCAUGCAGCUUCAGCACUGGGCUCCUAAGUUCCUUUCGCACCUGGGAGUCUGUUUGACCCGUGCGUUUGGACUUGAGGACCCUGGUUUCUAACACACACGAGAGCCGGGCCCCGAACUUCCCAUGACAGCUCCUGGCUCCCCACUCCACACAUACUCUUCCCCAUGUCCCAGGACGAGCACCCUGAGUUAGUGCUGGGGUUACAGUUAGGGCCAACCCUCGCCUAACAUCCUGGUAGAUAAGAAGUGUAGUAGAGAGUUGUCUUCUUUGAGCAACAUGGGCAACACGGUUGUUUGGAGUCAAGAUUUUCCAUUUGGAUUUUUUUUUUAAUCUCUUAGAAAUGCAUUUUAAACGGUGUGUUUGGUUUUCUCCCUUCUAGUUAAGGGACUAUUUAUAUGUGUAUAGGAAAGCUAUCUGUUUUGUUUGUUUUUCCUAUAGUAAAGUCCAAAGAAAGAUGCAAAAGGAGAUCCAGCCUUUGCCUCACCCAGCCCCGUAAGUCCCCCCAGAGUAACCUGCUGCUUUGUUGCACUUGGAGGUUAUUAUUUAUCGAGUUCUUGAAGGAUGCAGAAAUAGAGUUGCCUCCCUCAGUUCAUAGUCUGUAUAUUUAUGCUAGUUUUCCUCUUUCUCUGCGCCCAGCCAGCCACAGGGCCCACCCCCAUGCAGGAAUAAUGGGUAAAAACUUGGGCGUUGUUUGGUAAGAAAACCACAGAAGGAUAAAGCUGGAGUCAAGUGGAGCCACCUAGGGCAGCUGCCACACAUUCAGGGCUUCUUUCCGUGGCCCAAGAAAUUUUCAGUAACCCGUGUGAUGCUAAUUAAAACAAUGCCUGCAGGAAGCGGGAUGAAGUACCCUUCCCUUCCGUGACCCUGCUCUGUAGAUUUUUCCUUUUUCUUUCUUUCUUUUUUUUAAACCAAAUCCAGAGUAAAUAACAGGAAAGCUGGCCAUUUGGGAGUUUUUUUGUUUGUUUGUUUUGUUUUAAGUAGAGGAACCUAGUUGCUGUGUUUUUCAGUCUCAUAAUAGCACUUGAGUUAUUUUCUGAGUAAUCCAAUGAAGAACUUGGAUAGCAGACACAGUGUGUCUAGUCGCACACAUCAUCUCCUGUGAGUCGGUGUGGCAUUAUUCCUCCCUUUGGUGGGUGCCUGCUUUUUUCUGGUGCUCUGGAAAUUGUUUAGAGGAGAGGAUUCUAAUUUUAAUUAAUUGUGCAGUGAGUUAAUCCCACGUGCUUUUCGGCUUCCAGCCAUCUUAGGAAAAACAAAUGGUUUUAGUAGAUAAGGAGAGCCUGUUCAUUUUUUAAAAAAACAAACACAGGGACAUUUUAUUAUGGAUAUGAUUUUUAAUGGAUUUUUUUUAAAAACAUAUAAAUAGGACACCAAAUCUACAGGAUUUUUAGAUUUUCCCCUUCUACUUAAAAUGUCAAAUAAGUGCCCCAUAAUAUUUUUAAACUCAUCCCAACUAGGAUUUUUUUAAUACGUUACCUAAAUCUACACCAACUAGAAUGUGAUCUCUGCUUUCUUUUCUCUCAAAUGAGGUCAGCAUUUUAUUUUAGCAUUAAGAUAGUUAUACUCAUUGUUAGCUUAUUGCCUGACUCAACCUUAAAAUUAACAUUUUUUAAAAUGCAACUAAAUGGUUAAUAGUGUGCAAUGUUCAAAGUUAAUGCAAACUGGAAAGAUUGUAUGUGGUUGGUUGCUUUUUGUUUUUUGGUUAGGCUUGGUUUUGUUUUUUGUGUUUUUAAAAAAAUUUUUAUACUUUCAAAUAAACUUGCAUUUUCAUUCUUUCUA